AUGGGCGAACAGACUGUCCCUACAGCGGACCCUCAGGUGACCUUUUCAUCGGGCCGAGUUGGCAGCAGCGGCAGUUCUGAGGCGCCAGACCUGCGAAUUCUGCACUACAACGACGUCUAUCAUGUUGACCAAGCCAGUGCAGAGCCGGUGGGAGGAUUGGCGAGAUUCGUAACGCUCUGCAAGGAGUACAAGGAUGGGGAGCAGUAUCAUGGCCAGUCUGAGCUGGUUACCCUAUUCUCGGGCGAUGCCUUCAACCCGAGCUUGGAGAGCAGCGUUACCAAGGGGUCUCACAUGGUUUCCGUCCUCAAUGCUGUUGGCACGGAUGCCAGUUGCGUUGGAAACCACGAUUUGGAUUUUGGAGUCAAGCAGUUUGAGCACCUGGCUGAAAAGUGUGAAUUCCCCUGGCUACUGGCCAACAUUCUAGAUCCUGCCCUGGGAGAAGACGUCCCGCUGGGUAAUGCUAAGAAGACUCAUAUGCUCACUACUUCCAACGGCAUCAAGGUGGGCCUCAUUGGUCUGGGCGAGAGAGAAUGGCUCGCAACCAUUAACAGUCUUCCGCCAAAUAUCAUCUACAAGUCCGCCACUGCCGUCGCCAAGGAACUUGUCCCAAAGCUGCGAGAGGAAGGCGCUGAGAUUGUCAUCUGCCUGAGCCACAUGCGAGAGCCCAACGACAACAAGUUGGCUGACCAGACGGAUGGCAUCAUCGACAUUGUUCUGGGUGGACAUGACCAUUACUAUGCUCACAGUUUUAGAAAUGGGACUCAUGUCCUGCGCUCUGGAACUGACUUCAAGCAGCUCAGCUACAUCGAGGCGCGGCGAAAGCAGGACGAUCCCAAGCGAUGGGAUUUCGACAUCUGGAGGAGAGAUGUUACGUCCGAGGUACCCGAGGAUGAGCCCACGGCCAAACUUGUGCACAACUUGACGUCUAAGCUACAAAAGUCGCUCUCCAGGCCCGUUGGGUGGACAGCCAUGCCCCUCGAUGCUCGAUUCGUCACCGCCCGCUUGAAAGAGUCCAACAUGGGCAACUUUGUGUGUGACAUUAUGCGUUCUUAUCAUAAUGCUGAUUGUGCCAUCAUGGCUGGUGGUACGAUUCGUGGCGAUCAGAUUUAUCCUCCUGGAGCAAUUCGCAUCAAGGACAUUACUUCUUGCUUUCCCUUUGAAGAUCCUGUUGUUUUAUUGAAGGCCAAGGGGCAGGCGAUCUGGGAUGCGCUAGAAAACGGCGUUUCAUUGUAUCCUGCUUUGGAAGGCAGAUUCUCUCAAGUUUCCGGCAUUGAGUAUGAGUUUGAUCCCUCGAAGCCGUCUGGCCAGAGGAUCUUGUCCGUCAAGAUCAAUGGUAAGACUUAUGAGCCAGAGAAGCUGUAUAUUCUCGCGACUAGAGGCUACAUGGGCCGUGGGAAGGACGGCUUCACGAGUCUGCUCGUCAAGUCUGAGGGAGGAGAGGUAGAGGAGAUUGUCGAUGAAGAGAGCGGAAUCCUCCUUUCUGCUAUGCUCCGCCAGUACUUUAUGGCCCUCCGAACAGUCGGCCAGUGGAAGAAAUUGUCCGCAAACUGGACCAAUAUCGUAAAGGAUUGUGGUCACACUCACUUACCAUCCGAAAUGUUCCAAGGAGAAAGCCAGGUGGGGCGGCUUGGAAUUCACGAGCAUAGAGAAAAUGGGGAUGAGGACCCCUGGCACAAGUUCUUGCGAUCAAGACUGGGCUACAGCAAGAAACCUCAAGACGACGACGACGACGCCCAUUUUGACCCCGCUGCAGAGAGCGAUCACUCGGGAAGCGAUUCGGAUAACCAGCUUGACCUUGAGAUAUUGCUGAUGAGAAAGUUUUGGGGACGCUGGGCUCAUAGGGCGGGCGUUAAGAGCGGCGUUUGCGACCCCCUGAAAGAGGCCGAGUGUGCCGUGGACUGGACGAGAGUGAUAGCACCCGUGCUCGAAGGACGUAUCAAGAUUGUCACAUCAUGA